AUGACGGAUAAUGAGACAACAGCCGGAACAGAGGAUGAACUUGAAAAUCAUGGUGUAAUAUUUUCGCAUCUGCAAGAACUUGAGAAAAGGUUCUUCGAAAUUGUUGAUGACGGAAGUGUCACUGAAGCGCGACUAUUCUUGGAAAAACAUCCGAAUUACAAUAUAAAUGCGACCAAUUUUCAAGGUGUUAGUGCACUGCAUACUGCUGUUAACGACAGAAAUGCGGCGAUGGUUGAAUAUCUGUUGUCUCAUCCAGAUAUCGAUCCGGGCGACACGCAUCUGCAUGCAAUAAGAGAUAAUCAAGUAAGGAUUGCUGUGCUGAUAUUGAAUAAGCUGAAUGAAUUGACGCCGGGUCUUGAAUACGCCGGUGUCACUCACAGCCCCGAUUUCCCGGAUGAUACAACACCGCUGGCGGUGGCGGCACAAUACGGACGUUUUGAGAUGAUCGAUAUACUCAGAUUCCGACGUCAUAUUCUGCAGAAACCACAUCCGCCUAGUUGCAACUGCAACGAGGUUUGCAAACCGGAAAGGGACAAGGGUGAUAUCGUGACUUUAGAAAAAAUGAGAUUGUUUAUAUAUACGGCAAUAUCGAAUCCAGUAUACCUUUGUCAAACCGAAGAAGAUCCAAUCUUAAAAGCUUUUCAAUUAUCGACCGAGCUUAGUAAGGAAGGUUCAUUUGAUAAAGAAUUCUAUCCCGAUUAUAAAGCAUUGGCUCAGGAGGUGUCUCAAUUCGCCACAGACUUGAUCGAUUGCGCUCGUACCGCCGAAGAAGUUCAAUGUGUAUUAAGACAAAUCACUGGUUUCGGUCGUACCUCUAGUUUCGAAUAUCCCCGACUCUUACUAGCUUUGGAUUACAAGCAAAAAAUCUUUGUGGCUCAUCCAAAUGUACAACAGAUCGUCGAGAGCAAAUGGAUUGAUACGUGGCACGAAUGGAAGGUCAGAAACACGUUGCUCAAGUGCUUGACGAUAAUUCCGCGGAUCGGCAUGCUACCAAUCAUGGCGUUCGUUAUAUUGUUCGCACCGCAUUCGAAACUAGUCAAGUUCUAUGAAAUCCCGGUUAACAAAUUUCUCUCCUCUGUGGCAAAUUAUUUGAUAUUUCUCACGUUCGUGUUUUUGCAAUCGCAAAGCGACAAAAGUGAACAGCUUCGCGGACCACCUAACACUGGAUACGAAUGGGUUCUCGCUAUAUACGUGAUAUCAUACACAUUAGCAUUUGUUCGACUUUGUAUUGUGGACGGUCCAGUGAGAUGCUUUAGAACGCGUACAAAUUGGUAUGAGCUCGUUAUGAUCGUGUUGUUCAUUCUGACGUUUCUCUUCUGGAUAGUCGCCGCGUUCGACGUUAGAAUAAAUGGUCAACGUGAUUUAGAAAGAAAAUACUGGCACAAAUAUGAUCCGACUUUGAUAGCGGAAGGGAUAUUUUGUAUCGCAACAAUUAUGGCUUUUUUUAAAUUGUUAUUUAUCUGCCAACUAGACUACGAUCUAGGACCUCUGCAACUUUCUUUAGUUAAAAUGAUUAGAGAUGUCGGUCAUUUUAUUGCAAUAUUCGGUAUUAUUGUUAUGGCAUUUACAAUUGGACUGUGUCACCUUUAUCAGUAUUACAAUGGAAUGGUGCAGACUGAUGACGAAUCAAAAUUAAAGACAGAGCAAGAAAAUUCUUUCGUUGAUUUCAAAUCUACUCUAAAAACUCUCUUCUGGGCUGUUUUUUGCAUGAGUCCCGUAGAAAGCGCCGAUGUGAUCAUCGAAAAUCUUCCAGGUGAAAGGGACUCGGAAACAAUAAUUAAUCAUCACAGCUUCACCGAAUUUAUCGGUUAUCUUGCCUUUGCCAGUUUCCAAUUUAUUUCCGUGGUAAUCGUUUUGAAUAUGCUAAUUGCGUGUAUGACGAAUACUUUCACCAAAGUGACUGAUAACGUCAAUGUAGAGUGGAUCUUUGGUCGUACUGAAGCUUAUGUCGAUUUCAUGCUUACAACAACCCUUCCACCUCCAUUCUGCAUUUUCUCAAUUUUCACGGAAUUGCGACCAGUGAUCGAAUACAUAAAAAUAUUGAUUAAACCACCACCUGGUAAACGGGCACGAUGGGAUUUUGUAAAUUGUUGCUACAUAGAAGAUCUAGAAGAAAAAAAGGAUGAAAGAUUCGCACAAGUCAUGACACAACUGGUACAACGUUAUCUCCGUCGACAUGAAAAAAAAGUAGAAGAAACGGACAUACAAAAGUUGAGAAAGGAAUUAAAAGAAUUUAGCAAUAUUUUAAAGGAAGCUCUUAGUCCAGCUUGA